AUGAAGUUUAUUUCCUCUAAAGUAGCCUUGCUCUCGGGCUGGCUAUGGGCUGCGUCUGCGGCCCCCGGUUCGUGUCCAGCGCCGCAGUCGGACGCGAAUCGUGGCGCCGUGUCGUCUGAAAACGCCAUUUGCAGCGGCAUUGGCACGCAGCUCAUCAAAGAUGGCGGCAACGCCGUCGAUGCCCUCGUGGGUACCGUCUUCUGCGUGGGCACCGUGGCCAUGUACCAUAGCGGCAUUGGCGGUGGUGGCUUCAUGUUAUUGAGAGACAAAGACGGCAAGUACGAAUUUGUCGACUUCCGUGAGACGGCACCAGCGGCUGCAUUUGAGGACAUGUACAAGAACAAUACGGAUGCCAGUCUGUAUGGUGGCUUGGCAAGUGGAAUUCCGGGAGAGCUACGCGGCCUUGAAUACGUGCACAAGAAGUACGGCGUACUGGACUGGGCGAAAGUCAUGGCGCCCGCUAUCAAAGUCGCGAGAUAUGGCUUCCCAGUCGACGAGGAUCUCCUCUCGUACAUCAAUCAAACUCCGAGAAACAACUUUCUCGUUGAAGACCCAAACUGGGCCAUUGAUUUCGCGCCCAAGGGCAAGCUCCUCAAGCUUGGCGAGACUAUUACUCGCAAGCGCUACGCCGAUACUCUUGAGACAAUUGCCAACGAAGGCGCUGAUGUGUUUUACACGGGCGCCAUUGCCAAUGCAACGAUUACGGCCCUUCGCGCUAAAAAUGGCACAAUGACGCUAGAGGACCUGAAGAAAUACACAAUUGCGCAUCGUGAGCCUCUUCAUGUCAUGUAUCGCGGACACAAGCUCACGAGCACAAAUGCGCCGUCCGGUGGCCCAGUCGCAUUGAGCACGCUGAACACAGUGAGUGGAUAUGACGAAUUUUUCCGUCCAGAGACCGUCAACAUCUCUACGCACCGCCUCGACGAGGCCAUUCGUUUUGCAUACGGCCAGCGCACGAAAAUGGGCGACCCGUCCUUCAUUGACGGCUUGUCCAACUACACAGCCCAGAUGGUGGCUCCCCAGACCGGCGCCGAGAUUCGCUCCAAGAUUUCCGACACCAAGACGGAAGGCGUGGCGUAUUACAACCCUGAAGGCAUAGAGUCUCUCCCCACGCCCGGAACAUCCCACAUAGUGGCAGCUGACGCGAGCGGCAUGGCUGUAUCCCUGACAACAACGGUCAAUACGCUCUUUGGCUCGCGUGUUUUGGUUCCCCAGACUGGCGUCCUCAUGAAUAAUGAGAUGAACGACUUUAGCAUACCGGGCUCAAGCAAUGCUUUCGGGUACAGGCCCAGUCCCGCGAACUAUGUGCGUCCGGGCAAGAGACCACUGUCGUCGAUUUCUCCCGUCAUUGCCGAAACGCCCAAUGGUAAGCUCUACUUUGCCUGCGGAUCUGCCGGUGGUAGCCGCAUUACGACGGCAACCAUCCAGCUCGUUGUGCACAUGCUCGACCAGGGUAUGAACCCGGGGGAGUCGUUGAAGCAGCCGCGUCUCCACGAUCAGCUCGAACCGAACCAAGUGACGUUUGAGUAUGCAUAUGAUAACUCGACGGUGGCUUUUAUGAAAUCCUUGGGCCACAACGUCACUUGGGUCGCCCCCGGCCAGAGUACGGCACAGGCUCUAAAGUUGCUUGCGAACGGAACUUUUGAAGCGGGAGGCGAGCCUAGGCAGAAGAAUUCUGGUGGGUUCGCAGUCUAA